AGGCCAAUGUAAACAUGACUGCGUGGAAGGAAGGAGGAACUCUUGAAGGGAGGAUCUCAACACGGGCGACCGUCUACGAGCAAAAUGAAUGGACUCGGAACUCUGACGCUGUGCCUACUAUUUUACGUAACUCUACAAGGAUGCAGAGGAGAAGAUUUCUACAGUUUUACAGUACAUGAUCACGAGGGAAGUGACUUUGCGUUGGAAAAAUACAGAGGGAAGGUAACACUAGUUGUGAAUGUUGCAAGUCAAUGUGGCUACACAGACAGUACUUACCGUGCCCUCAAGAAACUGCACGACAUCCUGAGUUAUGGCGAUUUCUUCUCCGUACUAGCCUUUCCGUGCAACCAGUUUGGUGACCAAGAGCCUUUUGAUAUGCCGGAGAUUAUCGAGUUUGUCACCACGGAGUACAAAGUGGAAUUCCCUGUUUUCAAUAAGAUCAGUGUUGUGGGAGAACGCGCAGAUCCCGCCUUUAAGUUCCUGAUUGAGACUUCAUCGGUGGUUCCUGAUUGGAAUUUCUACAAAUACCUUGUGGAUGAAACAGGCCAAGUCAUUGGAGCUUGGGGAACACGCACCACAGUGGAAGAGAUUUUCGAUGACAUCCAGGCAGCUGUCAAGAAGGUCAAAGCAAAACAUGCAAGAAAUGCAGGAGGCAAGCGGAAGGCCGAAAAGAAAGAGAAAGAAUCAGCAGGUGCGAAAGAUGAACUGUAAUCUCAUGUUUUGAGAAUCUUAUUGUAUGAUAACAGAGGCAUUUUAAUCUAUUUUGUACUUGUUCUAGAGUUUAAUUUUUUAAACUGUAAAAAAGUGAUAAAGCUUUAGUCUUAAUGUAAAUGAUAUUAUGUGGCGGCUACCGUGCUGGGAAACCAGGCGUCUAGGGCAUAUGACUUUUUGUACUGUUUCCUAAUAAAUUAAGGGACUUUUUAUUAUUAA